CUAAAAACUUGUCAGUGAGCCCGCGACUCUGCUGUUGAUUGAACGUCGCGAUAGCGCGCGUAGUCGCAGCUUGUUUCGGAGUUUUCAUUUUUACCAAGUGUUUAUUUUAUUGUGUGUGUGAUAAUGUGAUGUGUGUUUAAAGAGGAUUUUAUAUUUUUGUGUUUGGAGUCUUAUGAGCAAUCACCGUGGCCAGAAUGUCGGCGGUGAUGAGCACGCUCUCGAUGAUCAGUGGCGGCCGCCGGGCUCACAGGAAACUUGCAAGCAGCCGCAAGUCGGGGCAGUACUCGGACGUCGGCGAGGAUCGCACGCGCAGCCACCAUGACCUCAGCAAGCAGCAACGAUCCGCGUCUAUGCAAACGUUGGAGACGGGAGGGGUCGUUAACCUGGAGAAUCUGGAAGCCAAGAUGGCAAGUAUAGAGGUAUCGUUAGGCGGGUCGAGACGGCGCAGCGCCGGCGCACGCGACGCGGCCCGCGAGCUGGAAGCGCUGAAAGGGGCUAUAGCGGACAAGGAUACCUUGAUACAGAAUUUAAAGAAGCAAUUGAGCGCUUCACUCAGCGCAGCUCGUCUAGCAGCUCAAGCGGCGUCCCCCAGCCCUGGCAGAGGCUCGCGGGAGGAGAGUCCUGCAGCGCUGUCAGCGGAUGAAAGGCGCGCCCUGGAGGAGCGGGCGACUGCUGUUCGCGCUGAACUGGACACCAGGCGCGCCAACAUUCAAGAAUUGAGGAGGAGGCUAGAGAAGACGCAUGUCACAGAUAACAUCGACACGCGCAUCGAGCAGGCCGAGCUGCAGUACCAGGUGGGGCGCGAGGAGCUGGAGCUGCUGACGCUGGGCGAGCAGGCGCGCGCGCUGGCGCUGCUCAUAGAACAAGCGGAUGCGGCGCGCCACCAGCGGUUCACCUUGCACAGUACUGUACGCGAGUGUGGUGGCACUGGUACGAUCGUGUGUACGGAGGCGCGCGAGGGCUCGUGGGGCGCCUCCCCGCGAGGCUCUGGGGUCACCCUGGAAUGGACAAAUCAUCCAGCUCUCAAGCCUGGUGAUAGGCUCAUAGAAGUGAACGGCACCAACACAAUGCACUGCAACCUGGAAGAGCUGCGGCGCGCCAGCUCGGCCAGCUCGCCGGCGCGCCUCGUCGUCAUCCGCGGCCUGGCGCAGCCACAACCGUUCACACAGAACGAAGCAGUAACGUUGCGUACAGAACUGGAAGCGCUGAAGAGCGCUGCAGAAGAAGCGGAGAAAGCGAAAGAGGGGCUGCGCGCCGACAACACACGCCUCACACAUCGGAUAUCCUACCUCGAGGAGCAGGUCGCCGAGCUGCUGACGAGACAUACUCAGUUACGCCCGUCAAGCAGCAAUGAAAGCUGUAUUACUGUGAACAAGACGAAGAAGAAUGUCACCAACAUCAACAUAACGAGCGAGCCCCAACCCAGCAGACAGGGCCCCAAGUCAGAGGUGCAGGUAUUUCAGAAGGGACCCGACAUUACCGCCAUUGUAGCUAAAUUGCCCGGUCUCGACGGAGCUGAAGCUAAUCUACCAGUGAUUCGGCCAAGAUCUAAUGCAUCCGGAGCUUCUUCAAGAAUGGCCCCGUCCCCGCGAACCUCACCUCCUCCUCAUCACAGGUCGCACAGCUCCCAUAGCCUGGAACAUCGAGCAGGUAGAAUGAGGCACUCCUUAUCCCACCAUUGUAUUCAUGGCGGAGUGGACUACAGCGUAGAAACAGAUGCUGCCAUCCGAAUGAUAGAACGCAACCAAAGACAUAUGGAAAAACAGCGGUUGAAAAAUGAAAAACUGAAUAGAUCAAAGACUGAAGAACACUUCAGAUCAGACAGUGACCUUGAUAGAAAGUCUUCAAGUUCAUGUGAUCCGCGGCAAGAUAUAAAGAAAGCCGCAGAGAGAAUAGAAGAAAGUAUCAAAAAGACUAACUGGGCCGAAAGAAAAACCCUAUCGAUCAUCGAGCAGCUCAAACGCUCGCAACGUUUACGCAAAUUAAAAAAGAAUGAUAGUUCUGAAGACAUUCAAGUAGAAAGUACAUACAUGUACAAUAGGAUCGAUGGGAAAGUUUUGGAAAAUGCGCACAAGUCGAGUCGAAGGACAUCCAAGCUUUACUCUAGAAGUGCCAAAUCAUCCGAAUUCGAAUCAGAAUCUGAUUUCCCAAAUGAUAUUUACAGUAGUUCGCCACGGUUGGAUUACGGGUCUGAGAGUUGUUCCAGGUUAAGUCAUUACAAAAAGAAUGAAGAAAGAAGAGAUGAUCCCAAACGACCGACACCUCCCCGCAAACCGUUACGCCUGUCACUUCACAAAGCAAAGAGUGUCCACUCUUUAAUGAAUGGAAGCGAAACCGAACAGAGCAGACCUCCGUCAGAAGCUCAGGAGUCAGUCAAGCGACCAGUAAAGAGAACGCACGGGGCUGAUAAGGGCAGGGAGAGAAUACGAGAUGGUGGGAGAGCGACUCCUCGACCUUCCCGGAAAGUUUUAAAUGGUUUUAGCGCGUGUGAAACUCCAGCAGCUGACGACUUGUACCCGGACACGCACGUCCCGGUCAGGGUCAAUGGAAUGGUUCGAGCUGGCAAAUGGUGCUAGCGUUUGCUGAACCAGAUAUUCAAUUUCUUCCACCUGGAUGUAUAGGGAGUUAGGCAAUGAAUUGAGGCUAUUUCUAUCCAGUGAAUUUCUGUUCAUAUUUACGAUAGUGCACCCACCGUUAAUACUCACCAAUAAAUGUAUUUAUUUAGUAAAUAAACCAGUUUUAUAAUA